CACACCAGUUAGUUUGGUCAGUCAGCCUGUUGCUUUGCUUUGAUGCUCAGUCGGUGUUAUGACUAUAAUUCUAUUGAGCGAUUUACUACUCAAUUAUCCGCGUAAACCCAAAAAUAAUUGUCUAAAGUGUAUCAAUGUGUUGAGUGAACCAUUCAGUGAUACUAAAAAAAGUGAAUAUUAUGGAAACAAGACUACAAGGUAACAACUUGUGUGUCUAGUUGAGUGGUUUCAAAUUGACUUUUGACGUCACGCGUAGCAACCAAUCAGUUGGCGCGAAGAGAAAAAUAACUAUUGAAACAUAACUCAUGUUUUGGUUACAUUGUGUAUGUUAAAGACGAAAAUAUGUUAAAUGGACCAUAAGUGAACGUGAAUAACAGAAAUAUGUUAUUAAAAUGUACUGCAGACGGGAGGCCGAUCAAAGUGAAUGGAGCGUCAGGCAGCCAGGGAAGUGGUGCGAGAGGCAUGAAAAUGACUAUGUCCACGACAGCGACCAUGUCAGCACGCGUACACAGAAAGGUGAUGCGCGCGCCGCAUAAGCGCGCCCACCCGGGCAAAAUGGCGCACGGCGGCAAAAUGACACACCCCGGGAAAGUUAACUAUCACCCGGGCAAGCUCGUACACGCGGGAAAGCUGGCGCAUUUAGGAAAAUUCGGAAAGUUAGCCCAUUAUGCGCAAACGCACGCGCUGCGGCCGCCCGAGACGUGCGACAACAGCAACGACAGCGGCCUCGGACCGGAUCCGACCAACAGAUUGUCAGAAUCACUGGAAGAAUGGGAGCAUCCGGAGAUGAAACGCAGAAGGGCGGACAGCGACGGGGUUAAGAUAGAGUGCGACGACGCGAACGAUGCGUACGCGUUCCCACCGACUGCGCCCGUCGCCGCGCCUGUGCCCGCUCCCGCCCCCGCGCCCGCCCCGCCCGACGCUCCGCUCGAGCCUCUGGCGCCUGUGCCGAUACUACCAGUCCCCGUAAUACGAGCUGGCUGCAGCAUAUCUAGUCCAAGCAUCAACGAAACGCCAGCGCCUGUGAAACGGUUCCAGGACCCUUACAGAUCCUGUGGCAAGCUCGGUGGAUCAGGCAAGCUUGCGAACAAAUACGCGAGUGGAGGCAAACUGGGCACUGCGGGGAAGUUAGGUGGAAAAGGAGGGAAAUAUGGGGGGAAGUUAGCUCAAGUGCUGGCAAGACGGAGAGCGUUAGCGGCCAUGACUCAUUCUGGGCCGCCAGGUUUGUCGGCGCCGCUGACCAGCCGGUCCAGGGAUGGCACUGUGGAGCUGCAGAUCCUGUGUCAGCCGGAGACGCAGCACAGAGCCAGGUACCAGACUGAAGGCAGCCGAGGAGCAGUCAAAGACAACUCGGGAAAUGGUUUCCCAAUAGUCAAAUUGGUCGGCUACGACAAGCCGGCCGUGUUACAGGUAUUCAUUGGCACAGACACGGGCCGAGUGGCCCCUCACAUGUUCUACCAGGCGUGUCGGGUGUCGGGCAAGAACUCCACGCCCUGCAAGGAGAGGAAGGAAGACGGGACAGUGGUCAUAGAGAUAGAUUUAGAGCCGACCAAGAGUUGGCAGGUCACAUGCGACUGUGUGGGGAUACUUAAGGAGAGGAACGUGGACGUGGAGCACCGGUUCGGCGAGUCGCUGAGCGGCGGCGCCGGCGCACACGUGUCGCGCGGCAAGAAGAAGUCCACGCGCUGCCGCAUGGUGUUCCGCACAGAGAUCGUCAACGCGGCCGCGCAGCGUGAGACGCUGCAGGUCUGCUCCACGCAGAUCAUUUGCACCCAACCGCCCGGAGUACCAGAAGUCUGCCGGAAGUCCCUGGUGUCGUGUCCGGCGUCCGGCGGCCUGGAGCUGUACUUGCUGGGGAAGAACUUUCUUAAGGAGACCAGGGUCGUGUUCCGCCAGAGACAAGACGGCCGCACCUUGUGGGAGGAGGAGGUGGUCCCUGACAAGGAGUUCUUACAACAGACCCAUUUGGUUUGCUGCGUGCCGCCGUUCGCACGCACGGACGUGUCAGAGACCGUGUGCGUGCAGCUGUUCGUGCGCUCGGCCGGCAAGACGUCGGAGCCGCACAGCUUCUACUACACGCCGCCCGCGCUGGACACGGGCCCGCUGCACUGCACGAGGCACCACACUCAAGGCGAGGAGGCGCGGCCGGUGCUGCUGUGGGGCGGCGCCGGCGCAGCCAUGAUGCCGCCCCCCGCGCUGCCCGCGCGCCGCCCCUCCGUCAUCCUGCCCGACCCGCACUCGCCGCUUGGAGGACUUAAGAGCGAGGUGGCGGACGAGAGCAGCCAGCACUCACUGCUGGAGGGGGAGGGGUCGUGCGGCGCGGAGGGGCCGGAGCCCGCGGGGCUGCGGGGGGAGGAGCUCAAGGUCGUCGACCUCCGCCUCAAGUCUGAGACCAUCACCAGGGAGGGCCAGCAGGUAGGCUUCGUCGGCAGUUACGACUCCAUCAAGCUAUCGCCGUCCACCCCCGCGCAGAGCGAGCCCCCCUCGCCCCUCGCCUCCUUCACGCAGCAGCUCAGGGCCAUACACAAUCAGGUGCAGACGGACAAGAUGGUGGAGUCUGUGACGGCGGCCAUCUUCAACUCGGACGAGAACGCCGGACAAAUAUACACUCCCAUCCUAGACCCAAUGAGACAGCUCAUCUCGUCCAAAACCAACAUGAACCCACUCGAAACUGACAUGAAGGUUCUCAAUCCUGAGCUAAUGAUGACAGACAGAAACAUGCAGACUACUGUACUCCAGUCCACGACUGAACAGAGAAUGAUAGUCUACAACCAAAUGCCGCCGAAUAGGUCGGACGAGACCUUCAAUCCAUUCGGAGCUAUCACCAAAAUGGAGAUGGGCACCACGCAGAUAGAGCAGAGACUGGCGCAGCAGAGCGCGCACAUGGAGGCUCUGGUGGAAGACGCUAUGAAAGCCACGGCGGCCAUGUUGCCGGCGGACGCGGCCAAACUCGACGAGCUGGUCAACUCCAGGGUAGAAGACCACCUGUCAGGCUCGGCCACGUCCCCGUCCACAGCUUCCCACGCUUCCGACGUCCUACUCAGCCCAAACGCAGCGGUGGUCAGAAACCCAACUGCCGAGUUACUCCCUUCGAUGUCUUCAUCGGCGAUCUCUCCCGACGUGAUAUUAAACCCUCAAGUGUCGCCCAGUUUGCUCUGCGACAACAACCAGCGCAUCGUCAUGCCCAACGCUGGCACGCAGGACGAGCUCAUGAUGCUUCCCGAGCAAGUUCAACUCACGUCAGUCAAAACUCCGCCUGCCGCAGUCAAGUCCAUGAUUUUAAACGCGGCAGCGGAGAUACUGACCUCGGACACGACCAUGAACGCGUUAGUGACGUCGGCUAUAAACACAGCUAAUAUAUUGACGACCGAGAGCGCCAGCGGCGGCGGGGGGAUGCAGCCGGGGGGCGCGGACGCGCAGCCGCCGGAGGAGCCGGCGGGGAUGGCGGGGAUGGCGGCGGAGACGCCGCUGGUGGCGAUGUCGCAGGCGGUGUCGCAGGCGGUGACGCAGGCGGUGUCGCAGGCGGUGUCGCAGGCGGUGUCCCAGGCCGUGACGCAGGAGAUGACGGCCCCCGUCCAAGGCCUCACAGACAUGAGCGACCAGGACCUACUCUCGUAUAUUAACCCCAGCACUUUCGACCAGGUGUAAAUCGCCGCGUCCGGACUUCGCCUCGGAGACUUGAACACUCUAGUGAUGUGUCGAGGGCUCAAAACAAAAUGCAGUUUUUAUGUGAAUUUUUAAUGGAUGUUGUUAUAACGUAGAUUGUAGGUUAUCUAGUGUAAUCGCCGAUGAACGAUAUUGACGUCGCGAUGGUUAUUUUUAUGAUUCUCAUACCUAUUAAUUUUAUUGUAUGACGGUGUGUUUUGAGCGUCAAUUAUUUUCAUCAUGUGAGUCAGUAUUACAGGGCAAAUAAAUUUAUACACGUGUAGACGGCGGAGUCGCUCGGAGAAUGUGCGCCUUAAGUGUGACUUGCAAAAAAACUUUUUUAUAUAUAUAUAUAUAUACUUGGAUGAGAAAAUGGAUAUUUUCAUUCGAAAACUGCGUGAGUGGCUCCCGAGGUCGACACGUUAAAACAAGACGAUGUAUGUGUUUUAUAAACUCUUAACGAGCGCAUGUGUUGAAUUGCAUUCGAAUUUUCGUGUAAAUAAUGUUAGGAUCGUGUUUAUGUUAGACGUAAUGUGGCGCGAGGGCUAAGGCGUGGUUCACAGCGGACGUGUUUAGCUUCCAUUGUUGCGUCGUUGUCAAUAUAUAAUAUAUUUUAAAAAAUAAGCUAAGUAUAUAACACAGAAAUGUCUGCUGUAUAAAGAGAUCUUUGGGAGAAGAACUUUUUAGAUCUUUAAAAUAUAAAAACGAAAUUAUAUCGUUGUCUCGCUCGUGUACAAUGUGAACCAUACCUAAUUAGUGAUAUCUCUACAGAUGCUAAUUACUGUUCAUAAAAUAGUUGUUUACUGUGCUCGUCAAUUAUAUUACAAAUAUACACACAAACAUAAAUAGUUACAAAAUACAAGAUAAAAAAAAACGGUUAUUUUUUUUAAUCACGAAAAAAAUAACAUGUCCUUUUCUGUCAAUUUUUAAUAAUCGAUUACGAAAUUUUGCUCAUACACUAAAGACACUGCCACAUGUAGGUACUUAUUUACACAGUAAUAUUUAACUAAUAUAUGAUUAGGCUUGUGUUUUGAAACUGUUUAGAUUGUCAAAAAUCUCGAUUAUAGUUCUGAAAGCCGCCAAGGUAGUUCCGGUCGCCGCGCCUAAAUGUUAAAUACAUAAAUCGAUGGUUAGCUCAACUUGCGGUGUUAAAAUACAUUAAGUAUGAUAUAUGAUCAUAAUUUGUUAAAUUCCCCAAAAAAAUGGACCAAAUUGUGUAUAGAUAAAUAUUUAUUUCUUGAAAAUCAAUCAUUUCUUAGAUCACACUCUAUUUUGAUCUUAUGGUUGAAUGUCAAAGAUAUAGACGCACAUAUUUUUUUGUUACUUUGUGCAAAGUUUUAAAUAAAUAACUCGAUUUAUAUGUGGAUAAUUUUUAUUCAUAUUUUAUAUUUGUUAAAAUUAAUUUUGUUUUUUUUUUUUUGUUAUUGAUUCACUUGUCGAUUGGACAAUAAUCGUGGCAUCGAUUAAGAAUAUAUCACAUGACAAAGCCGUAAGCUCAGCACUUGUUUUGAAAAAUCGAUUAAAAAUAUAUUUAUUUACGGUCAAAAGCGUAAAGUGUUUUAGCACAUAGCCACGCCUGCAAGAAUUAAGCGACCAUCGCUCGUUUUAUUAUAUGAUUGUGAUAAAUAAGGAAAUGUUAUUCACAUAGGAGCUAAUUUUAUAUAUAAGGAAAACUGUACUGAUGUGAUGUUAGCAAAUAUAUAUAAAACUAUGUUAAACAUAUAUAAAGAGUUCAUUUUUUAUAGAGUGUUAAUGCUACAUAUUUAAAUGUGCCAUUUAUGAUGUAAUCUUAGUUAAGGAGUAAUGUAAAUCAUAUCGUAUGAAAAAUUGGUGUGAUUUUGGCGACAAAACGUCACUGUCGCAAAAUGCCGCAAAUUGGAAUUUGAUUUAGCACAAUGUUUUUGUCGUGACAUGAAUUUUAUGACUCAAUCAAUAAUAAAUGAUAUUGUAAAUAACUGUAUGCCAAAUUGAGCCUACAAAAAUUAUUGGACAGCGUUUGACAAACAUUGGCGUAAUUUGCGAAUUUGACGUGAUGCGCCAAAACUUUAUUGGUGUUAGACCUCACAUGUAGACAGAGAAAACUACAGACAUCGUCAUAUCUUCCUUUUCGCUCAAACAAGAAAUAAGCGGAAUAUACACGAGCGGAACAGAGCUCUAAUAUCUUUCGAUGUCGCGUGCCAUGAUGAGACGAAAAAAAUGCUUAUUAAAUAUUUCUAUCUCAUGUGGCUAUGCUGAUUGUCUAUGGUUUUCUUGGUCUAUGACCUCAAAGUUUGGCCGACAUGCAACCGAAGGAACACGGCUGUGCCUUGCACACGCAGACCACGAGUAGUACAUAAUUUUUAUAUUCUAUAUACAUUUACAUUACAGUAUUCGCACUGGGACCACAUGAACAAUAUACUUAUACAAAAUUUCAAACUCAUAGAAUAGUAUUUUGAAAACGACUACUUUUAUUGACGGUUCAAUUUUACGAAGCACGUGCUAAUAUUAUAUGUAUAUAAAUAUAUUUAUAAAUAUAUUACACUUAGAUUUAUCUCAAAAAUAGUCUCAAAAAGAAUCUUGAAAAUUCUUACAUUGAUAAUGCUAACACAUAAUAUUAGUACCAUUCUAUAACACGGGCCAAAUAGUCUUGGAUGGAAAAGACAAUUUUAGAAUGAGAAAACGUACUUAUAAAAAUAACAUUUUACACUAUUGUUAUAAUUGGAUUUUUACUUCAAACUUUGUUUUGUUUAUUAUAAAUGAGAUGAAUUUACUUUGACUCAGAGUGAAAUUACAUCCUGUAAUUAUUGUUGAAGAUUUUUUUUUUUUGUUAGUUUAUAACAUAAUUAUUAUUGUUAUAAUUUAGAAAACAUAUGUUGUAUCAGUAAUCUGAAAAACGCUAAAAUACUUCUAUUUGAGAACAGAGAUUAAUUUUAUAUGAAAAAUUUGGAUAUAUAAUUGUUUUCAAAAUAUAAAAGUUGUAAUUUAAUUUAUACAUAUCUCUGAAUUGUUUUCUACUCGAGUUGUAUAAAUUCCUUGUACUAUUUCGGCUAUGUAUGUAUAUCGACAUAACAUUCUCUGUCUUCCACGUUUGUUUUAUUUUGAAUCUAUAUCUUUUGUGCUUCCUUUAAUUUAUUGAAUUUAAAUUAUAAUUCCGUUAUCUAGCCAGACUGAGUUGUGUGGACAGUUGUACUAAAAAAUAUUGUAAAAGAAAUUCACAUAGGACAGCACAAACAAAUUAUUUUAGUAAUAUAUUAUACGACUAUUUUUAUGACGGUCAUAUUGAGUGCAAAUUUGAAUGAAAAUAUAUAAAUGUAUUUUUCUCAAGAAGCGGUGGUGGUGUAAUGGUUGAGACGCCCGCCUGUGGAUUGAAAGGUCCUAGGUUCGAAUCCUACUCGUGCCACAUGAGUUUGUAUACCAAUCUGACUCAUGUAUAGUAGUUUUCACCGACCACCAUUUGCUUCCGGUGAAGGAAAACAUCGUGAGGAAACCUGCACACUGGUUGAUGCAUUAACUUAUUUAUGAAAUGGAGAAGGCAAACCACUCCAUUAAUAAUGCCAAGAAAGUUGUUAUGUGUGUUUUAUUCCACGUAAUGACCACGAACCACAGCCAUGAGGAACAUGACUAUAAAGAAGAUUUUUUUCUCAAUAAUUCAAGUGAAAAAAAAACACUUUUUCUUUAUUUUUUGUAACAAUGUAAUAUAGACAAACAAAACAAUGUAGUCUUGUCUUAGAGCAGAAAAUAAUUGUGGGCGCUGUGUUCUCUUGGCUGGCAACACUGGUGUUUAUCAAUUUCGACCAUUGUAUGUAGCAUUGUCGAUUGUUUUGACGACCUCGGUGGCGCUGUGGUAAAGUUCUUGCCACUGAACCGAGAGGUCCCGGGUUCGAUCCCCGGACGGGUCAUGAUGGAAAACGAUCUUUUUCUGAUUGGUCCGGGUCUUGGAUGUUUAUCUAUAUAUAUAUUUGUUAUAAAAUAUAGUAUCGUUGAGUUAGUAUCCCAUAACACAAGUCUCGAACUUACUUUGGGGCUGGCUCAAUAGGUUUGUCCUCAUUUAUUUAUUGUAAUGUAAAAAAUAUAUAGAUCGUUAAUCCGGUUUCUAUUCUUAAGCCUACAAAAAUACCUAUAAACUGUAUAGCAAUUUUAACCUACAAUUUCUUCUACUCCUUUCUAAUAUUUAUAUAUUUUUAGAAACGAUAU